AUGGAGGCUCAAGAUCGAGGCCCGUGGGAGGUCUCCGAAGAAUCCUGCCAUGUCGCCCUCACAUACGACCUCCUCGAUGCCACCGCCAUUAUGAACCUUGUGCGCUCACCACAAGCCGGCGCGAUCGUCCUCUUCUCCGGGACCACGCGAGACACGUUCGGCGACAAACCUGUCAAGGAGUUACAGUACAGCGCUUACACACCCCUCGCGCUCCGGACCAUGAUGUCCAUCGCCAAAUCCAUUCUUCAAAAGCAUGGCCUCAAAGGAGUGGCCAUGAUCCACCGCCUCGGCACCGUCCCAAUCGGGGAGGAGAGCAUUCUGAUUGCCGUCUCCUCGCCGCACCGGCAGGCAGCGUGGAGGGCUGGCGAGGAAGCGCUGGAAGAGUGCAAAGCCAAGGUCGAAGUCUGGAAGAGGGAGGAGUUCCACGGCGAGGAGGGCGUGUGGAGGGCGAACCGGGAUGGCAUCGCAGGGCAAAAGGUCGCCGAGUCGGCUAAAGCUCCGGAUCAAGCACCCCCUGCGUCUUCUUGA